AUGCCUCUUUGUGGUAGUACACCAAAAACUAUACAAAGAAAAAUAGUGAUAUUAGGUGACGGUGCUUGUGGUAAAACUUCAUUAUUAAAUGUGUUUACUAGAGGUUAUUUCCCACAAGUUUAUGAACCAACAGUAUUUGAAAAUUAUGUGCAUGAUAUAUUUAUAGAUGGUCAAUCAGUUCAAUUAUCUUUAUGGGAUACUGCAGGACAAGAAGAAUUUGAUAGAUUAAGAAGUUUAUCAUAUUCUGAUACUCAUUGUAUAAUGUUAUGUUUUUCAGUCGAUUCUCCUGAUUCUUUGGAGAAUGUUCAAAAUAAAUGGGUAGGAGAAAUUGCCGAUCAUUGUGAAGGUGUUAAAUUAGUUUUAGUUGCAUUAAAAUGUGAUUUAAGAAGUGAUGAAGAUUUAGAAAAUCAACAACAACAACAACAAAAUCUAUAUAAUAAUAAUAACCCUUAUGCUUCAAAUUCACAACCUAAAAAAUUAAUAACGUAUGAUGAAGGUUUAGCAGUGGCGAAAAGAGUUGGAGCUUUAAGAUAUUUAGAAUGUUCUGCUAAAAAAAAUAGAGGAGUUAAUGAAGCAUUUUCUGAAGCUGCAAGAUGUGCUUUGAAUGCAAAACCAAAAGGAGCUAAUGAUAAUGAACCUGAAAAGAAAAGUUGUAUAAUAAUGUAA